ACAAGCCCAAGUUUGAUUUACUCUGGGGCCUAGUUAUUUGUCUUUUUGGUGUUCCAUAGUACUUGUAAAAAUUCCUCCAGUACCAAAUUUGAAACGAAUAAAAUGUCAUGAACAUAACCAUUUGAUUUCUUAUCUUUCUUGAACAGUGGUUUAGGUAUUGAAGAUUUUCAGUUUUAUUUAUGUUAUCUCUUUGUUGUAGUGCUGAAUCCUGUUAGUUUGUCCUGUAUUUGACAUUCAAUUAUUAUUAUUUCUGUUCCAGUUGUUCGGAAAUGACCUAAUUAACUCUAGAAGAGAGGCUUAUUCUUUGUGCUGAUCCACCUUUGUUUUCCUCUUUUCGUCCUUGUUUCACUACACACCUGAAUUCCUCCACAGUAUAUUCUACAGCUAGGGGACAGGUUGUGGAUUGGUUUAGAACUGUUGGUGAUCCAGUGGAGCAAGCUCCAGAGAGUGGGCCUAAAGCUAAUGUAUUGUUAUAACAACAAAAAAGAGGAUUUAACUGUUAUAACUACUGUUAUUAGCUUUAUUAAUACCCUAUCUUUCCCCCAAAACUGGGACUCAAUGCAGCUAACUAAAAUGUGUACAAUAAUAUCUGCAGAGCAUCUGUAAAGUCAGCAUGGAGAUAUCAUUUGAGCACUGGACUAGGACUCCAGGAGAUCAGGUUUUGAAUCCUUGUUCAGCCACGGAAAUUCACUGGGUGGCUUUGGGCCUUAGAGGAGGGCAUGGCAAACUGCUGAAUAAAUAUUGCCAAGAAAACCCCAUGAUAACAUUGCCAUAAAUCAGAGUCAACCUGAAGGCUCAUAAAAACAAUGUCACCAAUAAUAUAACUAAAAGCCUACAAAAGGCAAACACUGACAGAAUUAAACUAAUACAAAAACAGAGAAGUAAUGUUUAAUAUAGAAAUAACCAAUACCAGGAAGGGAGGAAGUUAUAAUUUCAGCAGGUAUUUGCUAUUGUUACUGUUUUGUUUUUUAAAUGUGUGUCUUUUGUUGGGGUGUGUGUAUGUAUUUGUUGUGGAAAUGUUGUUAUGGUACUGUUAAAUGUUGAAAAGAAAUAAAGAAUAUAACUGAAAAAAUUAAAUUGCUAACAAUAUUAAAGCAAUUUAAAAUGCACAAUUAAAAUAAUUUAAAAAGCAGUUAAGAACAGUACAGUUAAAACAAUACACCACCUGUUUAAAAGCCCUAUUGCUGGAAGGAUGGCAAGGAGCUUCUAGCUUCCCUGAGGUGAGAGUGUAAGAGCUUAAAAGGCAGCACCAAGAAUGGCCUAUCCAUGUCUCCAUCAGCUUUGCCUGUGAAGAUGGUAGUACUGAAGAAAGCCCGCUCCUGAGAAUCCCAGGACUUGAGCAUGUUUAUAUGGGAAGAUAUAGAGCCUGUCAGACAGCCUGGUCCUAACUGAACAUUAGGAAGAAUUUCCCAGCACUAAAAGCAAUCCAGGAAGGCAUUUUGUUCCUUGCCAGAGAGAUUGACCACAAAGAGUCGCCAAGAUAGCUGGCUCAGGAAGAAAACGUCGCACCCCUGACCCAGACUCUGUCACUGACCCCGGCGGGCCGUUUGUCUCAUCCAAACGGCUGAAAAUGUCCAGUAGUGCCAGUGUACCUGGUCAGAGGAGAACAGCACGGGGAGCGGAUGAUGCAACCAACAAAAAGAAACAGAAGGAUCGAGCUAAUCAAGAGAGCAAGGAAGGCGAGAGACCAGUUGGCAGUGACUCAAGGAAAGAGCCAUUCCUCAGCCUGGAACUGGGAGAGCCUAAUUGGCAGAGGGAAUCAGAGGAGGACCUGCUGCUGGACUGGAAGCAGAAUGCUGAUGAGGUUAUUGUAAAACUGAGCUUGGGCAGUGGCAUCCCGAAGGCAGAGGAAGUGGAUACCUCUUUCACAGACACCAGUUGUCUCGUCAAGUUACCUGAUGGCCGCCAGUGGAGUUGUCAGUUCUAUGAGGAGAUUGAAAGCUCCUGUAGCAAAAUUCAGUACAAGAAAGGCAAUAUCCUACAGCUGGUGCUACAGAAGAAGAUCCCACUCCACACGUGGGCUUCACUCUUGAAGCGCUGCAAGGAUGGCUCAAGGGAUCAGACCAAGAAGGUGUGUAAGGAGAAUGGCAAAGAGAAACACCCUUCUGUGGAAGAUGUCACUGAAGAGCCCCAGUCUUGUAGCAAUACAGAGCUAUCCAGGGCUAAAUGUGAGCUCUCCAACCCAAAGCGAGCACCUGGGAGAAAUGAAGGUGGAGGAGGAAAGAACCCAGCCAGCCCAGGGCUACCAACUGGCCCUAGUGCCAAACGGGCAGUGUGCAUCAAAGCCAGUCUCCCAGAGGAUGAAGGGAACCACAGCAAUGUGGAAAACACAGGGCUCUGUGAGGAAGCUGACAGACAGAGGAAUGCUCAGAGAGCCCAAGGAGAUGCUUCAUUGGAUGUAAUGGCUGAAAAAACAGAGAGGGAGUCAGUGCCCAUGGAAAUGCAGCUCUCUGUGCCCCCUGCCGAUGUAUUGUCCCCGCCGCUCAGGCCUUGCCCAGAAAAAAAGAUCCCAGAGCCAGCCACUUCUUCUGAGGUUCCAUCAGAAACUCUGUCUGCCUACAGCAAAGGUGUCUCCUCCUCUUUACCAGCCAGUGAUACUGAAAAGAGAGGAUGGGUCAAGGAGAAGGAUGUUCUAGAGGCUGUUGCUAAUGAACCUCAGCCCACUGUGAAUCUGACAUUUGUGAAGAAUGACUCCUAUGAGAAAGGGAAUGAUUCUAUGGUGGUACAUGUUUACGUGAAGGAGAUUAACAAGGAGAUGUCCAGGGUGCUAUUUCGGGAACAAGAUUUCACGUUAUUGUUCCAGACAAGUGAUGUUAAUUUCCUGCGACUGCACCCUGGCUGUGGCUCUUGUACAGUAUUCAGGUGGCAAGUAAAACUCAGGAAUCUUAUAGAACCAGACCAGUGCACAUAUAAUUUUACCACUGCUCGUAUUGACAUCUGCCUGAAGAAGCGGCAUAGCCAGCGCUGGGGGGGCCUGGAAGCUCCAGCUACACGAGGUGCAGUGGGUGGUGCAAAGGUUGCCAUGCCAACAGGCCCUACCCCCCUGGAUAAAAGCCAACCUGGGAGUAACCAGCACCCUCUGUCCACCAAAGAAGAAGCACGCACAGGUGAAAAGGAGAAGCCACGAGCAGAGGACAGCGGCCUGGAUAGUGUUGCUGCUAGGACAGUGUCAGAACACAUGCCAGUGAAGCAGGAGCCACUUGUGCCCUCGCCCAAGCCAACAUGCAUGGUUCCACCCAUGACACACAGCCCUGUCAGCAGUGAAAGUGUGGAAGAAGAAGAGGAUGAAGAGGACAAGAAGGUGUGCCUACCAGGUUUCACAGGACUAGUGAACUUGGGCAACACUUGCUUUAUGAACAGUGUUAUCCAGUCCCUCUCCAACACACGGGAGUUGCGAGACUACUUUCAUGAUCGCUCCUUCGAGUCUGAAAUCAACUACAAUAAUCCAUUGGGUACUGGUGGGCGAUUGGCUAUUGGUUUCGCUGUUCUGUUGAGAGCACUCUGGAAAGGCACUCACCAUGCCUUCCAGCCUUCCAAACUAAAGGCUAUUGUGGCAAGCAAGGCAAGCCAGUUUACAGGCUAUGCCCAACAUGAUGCCCAGGAAUUCAUGGCUUUUCUGUUGGACGGGCUACAUGAGGACUUAAACCGUAUCCAGAACAAGCCCUACACAGAAACAGUGGACUCAGAUGGACGGCCAGAUGAAGUUGUUGCAGAAGAAGCCUGGCAUCGGCACAAAAUGAGGAAUGACUCCUUCAUUGUGGACCUCUUCCAGGGCCAGUACAAAUCCAAGCUAGUGUGUCCUGUUUGCUCAAAGGUAUCCAUCACAUUUGACCCCUUCUUGUAUUUGCCGGUCCCCCUUCCCCAGAAGCAGAAAGUGCUGACGGUUUAUUACUUUGCAAAGGAACCCCACAAGAAACCUGUCAAGUUCCUUGUGAGCAUCAGCAAGGAGAACUCCACGGCCAUGGAGGUGCUGGACUCUGUGUCCCAUAGUAUGCGAGUGAAUCCCGAGAACCUGCGCCUAGCAGAGGUAAUCAAGAACCGCUUCCAUCGCAUGUUCCUGCCUUCCCACUCGUUGGACGCAGUCUCUCCUACAGACCUACUACUGUGCUUUGAGGUGCUUUCUCCAGACCUGGCCAAGGAGCGGGUGGUGGAGCUGCAAGUUCAACAGCGUCCUCAGGUGACCAGCGUGCCCAUCACCAAAUGUGCCGCUUGCCAGAAGAAGCAGCAGUCAGAAGAGGAGAAGCUGAAGCGCUGUACUCGAUGCUACCGUGUUGGUUAUUGUAACGUAACGUGCCAGAGAACACACUGGUCUGACCACAAAACAUUGUGCCGCCCUGAGAACAUUGGCAUCCCCUUCCUCAUCAGUGUGCCCGAGUCACGCCUCACCUAUGCACGGCUAGCCCAACUGCUGGAAGGUUAUGCAAGAUACUCGGUCAGUGUAUUCCAGCCUCCCUUCCAGAUGGGCAGGAUGUCACCAGAACAAGGCUUGCAGCCCCAGCAUCCUGAGAAACAAGAACCUUCUGCCAAGAAUAGUAGUGCUACAACGCUGGCUGCUGGUGCUGCUUCAGCUACUGACACCACUACUACUAUGGAGUCGGGAGAUGGAGCCAGGGCACCACAUUUGUUGCCAGAAGCCCAGGCAUGUUUUCCGGCCCCUGAACUACAACCUGAGUUAGGGGAUACUAGUGCAGUAAGAAGCAAGGUUCCUACAGGAAGAUGCUCAGAGCUGAGCUUGGAUUCAGGUGUGUCUGAGACUUCAGCAGUCACACGGUCUGAGGCCUGCAUGGAGCUGCCUUGUAUGGAGCUAUCAAGAGCCUCCAAACCUGAAGCUGCCAUCCCUGGUUACCAGCAUCCAGCAGAGGGCCUAAGUUCCCAUAUUACCCAGUUCUAUAUCAACAAGAUUGAUGCAGCCAAUAAAGAGCAGAAGCUGGAAGAUAAAGGAGAUAACCCGCUGGACCUGACAGAUGACUGUUCUCUGGCCUUAGUAUGGAAGAAUAAUGAGAGAAUGAAAGAGUUUGUGCUGGUUGAAUCCAAGGAGCUGGAGUGUGUGGAAGAUCCAGGCUCUGCAAGUGAAGCAGCCAGAGCUGGACACUUCACCCUUGAACAGUGCCUCAACCUCUUCACUAAGCCAGAGGUGUUAGCCCCUGAGGAGGCCUGGUACUGUCCAAAGUGUAAGCAGCACCGUGAGGCAUCGAAGCAGCUCAUGUUGUGGCGUCUGCCUAACAUACUCAUCAUACAGCUCAAGCGGUUCUCCUUCCGUAGUUUUAUUUGGAGGGACAAGAUUAAUGAUAUGGUGGAUUUUCCCGUCAGGAGCUUGGACCUGAGCAAGUUCUGUAUUGGCCAGAAAGAUGAGCAGCAGCUACCUAUGUAUGAUCUGUAUGCAGUUAUUAAUCACUAUGGAGGCAUGAUUGGUGGGCACUACACAGCCUAUGCCCGACUGCCCAGUGACAAGAACAGUCAGCGUAGUGAUGUGGGUUGGCGGCUCUUUGAUGAUAGCACAGUCACCACAGUAGAUGAAAGCCAGGUGGUGACACGAUAUGCCUACGUGCUCUUCUACCGCCGGCGGAACUCUCCUGUAGAGAGACCUCCAAGAGGGCCACCUCAUCCCUCGGAUCCUCGGGCUGACUUGGCCCCCUCUGCUGAGGCAGCAGCCAAUCAGGCUUCUCUGCUCUGGCAGGAACUGGAGGCGGAAGAGGAAGCUGCCAGGAGGCUAAUGAGGAACCCUUGGAGGUCUUGCAGCGGACGAACAAAGAACCUCACCUCAGAGUGUCCUGAUGAAGGCCAUGUCCGAUACUUUGUCCUGGGCACCAUGGCAGCCAUUGUGGCACUCUUCUUGAAUGUCUUCUACCCGCUCAUCUAUCAGACCCGCUGGAGGUAGCAGCAGGAACAGCAAGGCACCAGGAAAGGGCGCAGCCAGGUUUAUUGCAAUGUUGGCUCUCCUCUGUUGCAUCUUUGUGGCGAGAGGCUGGAAAGUUUCUCGCCAGGUAGGUGCAAGAAGAAACCCGUAGAGCCACUGCCUCCCCAUGGAGAAGGUGCCAAGUCCAGAUUCUGCUCUCUCUCCCCCUUGGUUUGACUUCUUGGUUUUGCGGCUGGCUCAGCAGCCUAGGGAACCUCAGUGGGACAGACCUAUCCUAGGUGGCCUUUAGUAAAUCUCAGCCAAUUUGAAUCAAGGACUGAUAAAUAUAUGUACCUCUAACAGAAGCCUAAGAUCUUACGGUUCCUGUUUCUACAACUAGAUGGUAAUAUGUUUGUCUUGGCUAUUGUCUGCCUUGGAAUAGCUCAUCUUAACUGGGUUGACAGCCCCACUCCACUGGUGCCUAACAUUUGAGCAUUGUGCCAGCUUCCCCAGUUGGGCAUUAGAACUGUGUAUGGAAUUUGUUCUCUUUUGUUUGGAGGAAGGAAAAUGCUAUGCUAAUUCUCUUAGACCUAGUUUAAUUAGACUCGCUCACCAUCUUGCAGCCAGGGAGAUUGGCUCCUUCCUUUUUUUAUUUUGUGUUUUGGCAGCAAAAUCAUUUAGGCCUGCAGCUACACUUUGGAGGGGUGUGUUAAUGAAAGUCUUUCUCCUUGUUUGCCACCCUCUAGCCAGGCUUGUGUUCAGGUAACCAUUCUUUAACAUAGGGACCCAGUUAAACAAAAGGCUGGACUUUGAUGUGAGUCUCUGCUUCUUUCCUUGUCUCUAUGGAUGAGUGUGGAUGCCUAUUUCUGUACACACACAAGACAGCAGAAAUAUAUUUUUGGAAUCACUGUUUUGUGGCCUUCUGUUUUUUCAGUCUGGCCUUGCACUAGGUUCUGUGUAAGUGAUACAGCAUCUUUCUUGUGCCUCUAGAGCACAGUUGCAAUCUUGGCUGUGAUCGGAGAGUUGUCUUGAGAGCUUUGCCAUCGAACUCAUCCCAGCACCCUUCUGGGUUAUGUAUUAUUAUUGUUUGUUAUUACUGAUUUCACAUGCAUUAUAAAGACUAGCAUGUUACACAUGCUUCUCAGCACCUUCUUUAUGGAGAGGAAGAACCAGAUUUGGUCUUGCCAACAGUUUGGCUAAUUGAUGUCUGUUGGUAGUAUCUCUGUCAUGGACUAGACAGUCUGAAGCCACACCAGUGCCACAGCCUGAUCCAUGUAUAGUUUUGAUGGGAAGCUUCACACUGAAGAGGAAGAGAUGUGCUAAGCUAUCCUCUGCCAGCUUUUUGGAUUAAAAGCAAAUGUAUUGUGCUGUGGAAAAAGCUUUCAUUAUAUUUAUUUAUUGUAUUUAAUAAACCUAUUCUAAAGAGAGAUGGUUGGGCUCCUUUCUUUUCCCAUAUGUUGCUGCUCUGUUCAGCCAGAAGUUAAGUUAGCUAAAGGAUUCUAUAAAUCCCCACACACCUCUCAUAUAUUUUCAGGCAGAGUCCCAAGUCUGCUCAAUCAUAGCUCUCAUUCUGUUCAUUAAAGAGGACCAAGGAAUUUGGCCAGGCUGUUGAUUGAAUUGUAAUAAAUCUCUACUGUAGGAAAAAGGGCAGUCAUCUAAGCAGAAGAUUAUUUAACAUGAGAAUUCUGAGGUACUCAUUUAAAACAAGAGUGGGCAAUCUAUGAUUCUCAAGUUAUUUAUUUGCAGAUAGUGGCAGAACCAGAGGGUGAGAGGAAGAUGAGCAGGAAAAUGAGGGGUGGGAAAGGGAUAUAGCAGUGGAAGUGUGGGAUGCUCUUCUUGAAGAGAUCAGAUGUGGGGUGGAGGUAGGGAAACUUUCGGCAAGAGCAGUGUGGAUGUUCACUGCCAGUAUGCUGAGGGAGGAAGAGGGGAAGAGAGAAAGAGCUGUCCAAAACAGUGUCUCCGGUCACGCUGCCCUUGACAGAUUAGGGAAUGCAACUCUUGACAGAAUAAAAAGGUUCAUCCUCCACUAUUGAAAAGUAUCUAGUGUGUCUAUAAAGUCAAAAUGCAAGGGGCUUAACAGAGUGUCCAUUUAGUAGGUAGGAUAAUUGUGCUUAUGUAGAUUUUUGCAUCCUCCAUUACCAGAAAUAAGUUAGCUAUGAACCAAUUUGCAUAAUUCAUACAGGUCACAUAAUUCAGUUUUCCUUGGGAUGGAAUUUAGAUUACUUUGGCACAGAAUUCUUGAGGCAAAUUUUCUGGUGAUCCUAUGCCCAGUCCUGAUUGGCAAAGAGCCAAGACUAAAGCAGAAGAGAAUUACAGGUAUGAAUAGAGGUGUGCCACAAUCUAAAAUUGAAAUGUAUUACACAUGUUGUUUUAUCUUUUUAAAGAAGGCAGCCAUAUUAAGUUACUUCACUGCAUAGCUGGUUGGUCAAGCUUGUAAUUAAUUGUGCCACAAAAUAAAAUACAGGGGCAUUUUGCAAUUACCCAAAUUUAUGUUAAAAAGUACUUAGAUUCUUCCAAACUCUAGUUCUAGAUUUUAAAACUGUGCUUGCAGUAUUUCAGGUAGGAAACAAAUUCCAUAGUGGUCUUACUGGGCUGCCAAGAAGGAGAUGCUGGUGUGUGGAAACCCUGUGCCUCUUCCUUGUACAGUUGUUACCUAAU